AUGUUGGAAACAAUUCAAGCAGAGAUUGAGGAGAAAGAAAGUAGAAAUAUAACUAAGACGGAUGAGAAAAAUAGUGAAGAUAUGCCGCAGAUGGAAAAAGAAGAGGUUGUGCAAGGAGAGGUGGACUUGCACACGUACUGGAGUUAUCUACGAGCAGGAGGAAACCUGUUUCUUAUAUCGAUACUCAUUUUUUUAAUACUCAUGAGUCACGUUGCAUCUUUUGGUGGUGAUUAUUUCGUUGCUUAUUGGGUCAAUUUGGAACAAGUCAAAGUAGUGCAGCCAAGAAUUGCAUACCCGGCAAGUAUUCAAAGGACGUUUCUCUGUCAGAUGUCGUCUAAUGGCACUCCACUAUGGGUGUUUCCUAGAGGUGUUUUAUCAUCGCCGAGGUAUUGGCAAAUAACUUCUUGUAAUUCCGAUAGUCUCACAGAGAACCUGACUUAUAGAGGUUCAAUCUCCGUUUUCAAAUAG